AUGGACGAGGCAAACGGGACGUCAUUUGUCACUGAGGGGUCCUCGAACGCCUCCACCAGCAGGAACGCCUCUGCUGGGGACCCGCGGCGGGAAAUUCCCAUGGUGCACUGGGUGAUCAUGAGCAUCUCGCCACUGGGCUUUGUGGAGAAUGGGAUUCUGCUCUGGUUCCUCUGCUUCCGGAUGCGAAGAAACCCCUUCACCGUCUACAUCACCCACCUGUCCAUCGCCGACAUCUCGCUGCUCUUCUGCAUCUUUAUUCUGUCUGUGGACUACGCUCUAGAUUACGAGCUCUCGUCUGGCUAUUACUACACAAUUGUCACGCUGUCGGUGACGUUUCUCUUUGGCUACAACACGGGCCUCUACCUGCUGACGGCCAUCAGCGUGGAGCGGUGCCUGUCCGUCCUGUACCCGAUCUGGUACCGCUGCCAUCGCCCCAAGCAUCAGUCGGCACUGGUCUGCGCCCUCCUGUGGGCGCUGUCCUGCUUGGUGACCACCAUGGAAUAUGUGAUGUGCAUCGACAGGGAGGGGCAGGCCCACUCCCGCAGUGACUGCCGGGCGGUCAUCAUCUUCAUAGGCGUCCUGAGCUUCGCGGUCUUCACGCCGCUCAUGGUGGCGUCCAGCAGCAUCCUGGUGGUGAAGAUCCGGAAGACGGCGUGGGCGUCCCCCUCCUCGAAGCUCUACCUGGUCAUCACGGUCAGCAUCAUCGUGUUCUUCAUCUUCGCCGUGCCCAUGAGGCUCCUCUACCUGCUCUACUACGAGUACUGGUCGACGUUCCGGAACUUGCACCACGUGUCUCUUCUCUUCUCCACCAUCAACAGCAGCGCCAACCCUUUCAUCUACUUCUUCGUGGGCAGCAGCAGGAAGAAGCGGUUCAAGGAGUCCUUAAAAGUCGUUCUGACCAGGGCUUUCAAGGAUGAGAUGCAACCCAGGCGCCCUGGAGACCCCACCGCCACCCCCGCAACCGAGACCGUGGUCUGA